CCCAAAAUGUCAGGUCCUAAGUGAACAGUCACUCCACGCAAAUGAGACUGGCACUGCAGAUAUCACGCUAAAAGGGUGAAGGCCUGGGUGGCCUCGGGGCGGGGCCUCCCCACCAGCCCGUAACUAUUGGCCCUUGCAGCGUCUACGCUGGUGGGAUGGCGGGGGUGGCCAGCUGGGGCGGAGUCUUCUGUCCCCUCCCUCGUCCAGCCGCACCCGUCCUCAGUGCUUCAGAGAGACCACUGGCCUGCUGCCGCCUCCUUGAACUGCCCCUACGGUGCGCCUGCCCAGGCGGAGACCGGAGACCGGUGCACUGCGGCCGGGCGGGCUGACGCAGGGGCGCCGGACCCGCGCUUGCGCAGCGGAGGAGCAAGAGAGCAAGGACCCCCGGGCCGGCGCGUGCGCGAGCUGGGCAUGGCCCGUGGGCAGGCGCUGGGAUGACCCUCCCGCCGCUGCUGCCCCACUGAGGAGACCGGGUGGGGUAUAAGAGGGCGGCCCCCUCGCACCCCGGCCAGGCCAUGGCGUUCCUGGCCGGGCCGCGCCUGCUGGAUUGGGCCAGUUCUCCGCCACACCUGCAGUUCAACAAGUUCGUGUUGACCGGCUACCGUCCAGCCAGCAGCGGCUCGGGCUGCCUGCGCAGCCUCUUCUACCUACACAACGAGCUGGGCAAUAUCUACACACACGCACCCGUCCCAGACUUGGGUGUUGAUUCAGGGAGAAGGGGUCCAGGAGCAAAAGUUGGGCACCCGCCCCUCCGCACCUCCCCGCGCAGCCGCCCUGCCAACCCUUCCCGGAACAAUCCAGUCUUGGGACUCCGCCUGGUGGUGACAUCUCCGCUGCCCCACCACCACCUCCGGCUGGCCCUGCUGGGCUUCCUGGUGCUGCUGCCAAUGACCAUACCCUGGGGUCAGCUGGGCAAGGAUAGCUGGCUGGGGGGCACACAUUGUGUGGCCUGCCUGGCACCACCCGCAGGCUCUGUGCUCUACCAUCUCUUCAUGUGCCACCAAGGGGGCAGCCCUGUGUACACUCGGCUCCUUGCCCUGGAUAUGUGUGGGGUCUGCCUUGUCAACACCCUCGGAGCCCUGCCCAUCAUCCACUGCACACUGGCCUGCAGGCCCUGGCUUCGCCCAGCUGCCCUGGUGGGCUACACCAUGCUGUCAGGGGUGGCUGGCUGGAGGGCCCUUACCGCCCCCUCCACCAGUGCCCGACUCCGAGCUUUUGGUUGGCAGGCUGGUGCCCGCCUCCUGGUGUUUGGGGCUCGGGGAGUGGGACUGGGCUCCGGAGCUCCAGGCUCCCUGCCCUGCUACCUGCGCAUGGAUGCCCUAGCACUGCUUGGGGGGCUAGUGAACGUGGCCCGUCUGCCAGAACGUUGGGGACCAGGUCGCUUCGACUACUGGGGGAACUCACACCAGAUCAUGCACCUGCUCAGUGUGGGCUCCAUCCUUCAGCUGCACGCUGGCGUCGUGCCUGACCUGCUCUGGGCCGCCCACCACGCCUGCCCCCCAGACUGAACCACCACCACCUACACAACAUGCCAGCCUGCCCAGUUUUCUAGGGCUAACAUCACCAGGCUCCCCUCCUUCUGCUGGUCUGCAAGGGGCUGGCUCCCUGGCCGCUUCCCAGCCCUUGUCUGUUCUCCCCUUCUUCCCUGUGGAGCUUCCCCCUAUCCACACCUUCAAGCUCCAACAUCCUUUCCUGCCUUCUUCCAGGGUACUGUCUUCCUCUGAAGGCUGGAAGGAAACCAAUCCUCCUCAGGGCCUCAGCUUACCCUCUGUGACCUAUGAGUUGGGCUAGAGGGGCUCUGGGGUCAAGUCUCGCUUGCUCUGACAGCCGGAGUCCUGCCAGCCCGAGUCCUGCCAGCCCAGAGCCAUAACCCCACCUUGCCCCUCCUCAGACCCUCACAUUAAGGUACCACAUGGGUGGCUGGCCGGGCCACCAGCCCAUGAUUCCUGACCUCUGACUUUCAACCCUGCACAUCAGCCCUCCUGGCAACCUGUGACUUGUCUACCCUUUCUUCCUUCUGUCCAUACUGUGGAGUAGGGAGUUUGGGCAGCAGGACUAUCCCCUCACCCCAGGAAUAAGGGGCAGGAGGACCGCUGCUACUUUUUCCAGGCAACUGGCCCAGAUGUAAAGAGCUGAGUGGCUCUGGACCUGGGCCCCACGUGGCUGCGGGCCCACUCUCCACAUUGAAUGCCAUGCUGUAAUAGCUCAACCUGCCCACCAGGGACAUACCUGCUCAGGAAAUUUGUUCCACACAGCAUGGGGCUCCCAGCUGCAAUCUGCUGGCCUGAGGCCCUGCUUCAAGGCUCAGCCUCAGCCCAUCCCAGAGCCCUCAGACCCUGGGUGAUGUCAAUAAAAUGGGCAGAAAGCCCUGUGUUGCCAUGCAA